CUUUCUCAACUGAGCCAUUCUGCGGGGAGGACACGGCUCGCGGUGUACGCCAUGUUUGACCUGUUAGGUCAAUUGAGGAGCUACUUCAAAACAAACUAUGUCAUCAUCGACAACUUUAUGUGCCGCCUUCACUACAAGGCGUCCGUCGGUAUCCUCAUAGCGUUCAGCAUCCUGGUGACGGGCAAACAGUACGUGGGAGAUCCCAUCGACUGCAUUUCGAAGGACUCCGUACCUCACGAUCUUCUCGACACUUACUGCUGGAUUCACAAGACGUUCAGUGUGCCGUCGGCAUGGGAGAAGAAACUGGGUGAUGAGGUAGCCUACCCCGGCGUUGCACCGCGGGGUCCCACCGACGACGUGGUGUACCACACGUACUACCAGUGGGUGUGCUUCGUCCUCUUUCUGCAGGCCCUGUUUUUCUACAUUCCGCGAUAUAUCUGGAAGACUUUGGAAGGACGUAGGGUUCAAAACCUAACCGAGCUGCUCUCGAAGCCCGUGCAAGACGCAGCGAGUGCACAGAAAGCGAAGGAAGCGAGUGAAAUGCUCAUUGACUACCUGGACCAGAACAGGAACUACCACGGAGGCUACUACUUCAGCUUCGUCUUCACGGAAGUUUUGUACCUAAUCAAUGUAGUCGCGCAGAUUUUUAUCGUGGACAGGUUUUUGGGAGGUGAGUUUUCGACGUACGGUGUGAAUGUCGUGCAGUUCACCGAAUGGCACUGGGAGGCGAGGUUCGACCCCAUGAUCAAGGUGUUCCCCCGCAUGACCAAGUGCACCUUUUACAUGUUCGGUACAUCCGGAGACAUCCAGAAGCACGAUGCCGUCUGUAUCCUCCCCAUCAACAUCAUCAAUGAGAAAAUCUACGUCUUUUUGUGGUUCUGGUUCGUCUUUCUCAGCGUUGCGACCGCCUGCUUCCUUUUUUACCGGCUCGUCACUGUACUUGUGCCCGAAGUUCGUUUCAAGAUCAUCUACGGCCGAAAUCGCACGGUCGAUUCCGAAAAAUUGAGGACUAUCGUCUACACACUCAGCAUCGGAGACUGUUUCAUUUUCUACCAGCUUCUCAAAAACAUUGAUCCCGUUUACGCCCGAGAUAUAGUAGACACAUAUGCCAGUAUGCUCUCUGGUCAUGAUGACAUGAAAAAGCUACGAACAUAGUAUAGUCAGCCGUCACCGAAUUCAUGAUGCUUUCAUCGUUAUCACCUUUUCGCUUGGGUGAGAUCGUCUUUUUGCGUACUUUUUAAAACGUGGCAAAUAAGGCUCUCGUCUUAUUGGCUUCCUUAUAACGCUGCUCAAGACGCGCAUAUGAACAUGUGAAAAAAUCGAUAAGACUGUACUAGUUUAGGAUGGGGUUUUUGGGUGACAAUCGGAGUAUGGGAAACUGUAAGCAUUCAGUUUUUCUCGUUACAACUGCCUGGUUAAAAAAAUUAUUGAAAAUUAAAAUUAAAAAAUUAUUAGCGUACUGUACUACGUAUUUCAGUAGCUCCGUUAACACCUGCGCACUGUUUCUUGGGGAUGUGUUCAAACUGUUAAAUUGUCAUGACCCUGCCAGGAACGUGGUAUUCACAACGAUUCCAUAUAACAAAGCUAUAACAGUUCUCGUGUCAUUCGUGUCGUAUCCCAAGGAAACGGUGAUUGUGAUUUUCGCUGUCAUCAUAACCGUCCCGAGAUAUCUUUUUUAUUUCGCUUUCCUCACUCUUGUCCAGUGUCUAAAUACAUUGUACUUUUCCGCGAGCAAGAGGUCAAGAUACUUUGCCGUGGUGCAAAGCAAUACUGGUUCGUGAGCGUCGCGUGACGAAGCCUUGAACACUUAUGAAUUCCACCUGGUUUUUGUCUUUUUCUUCAUAGAAUUGUUGAUUGAGUUCAAUAAUGUUUAAGCAAUACUGAGAAAGCUCAAAAUCGUGUUAUUUGGCGUACAUUGGUGACAACUUGAUGUGGUGCGUGAACUGUUAAUGUCGGCAAGUCCGUGCGCCGUCGCGUGUUCUGUGAGAUUUUUUCACUUACUGUCACUGCAUGUACUUGUUGCUGUUGUAUCCUGAGCGUUUCUCAAAGAACACCUCCUACAUUCAUAUGGGCAAAUAUGGCUUCAUAUGGGCUCAGACGCGGUAAUAUUCUCAUGAAUAAAAUAGAUACGUGGUGGC